GCUGCAGUAAGCAGGCACUUAACAGAGGGGCUGCUCCAAGCAGCCCUGAGAAAAGCUUUUAUGAGAUGUUCCAUGUGAGACAGCAAAUACAGUGUUCAACACUUCAGUUGUUAAGAAGAUGUUAUAUGUCACAGAAGGGUAGACCAGUGCUGACUCUGUUUACAAAGAAUCCAUGUCCACUUUGUGAUGAAGCUAAGGAAGUACUCGCACCAUAUAUGGAUAGGUUUGUUUUAGAACAAGUGGAUAUCACUCUUCCAGAGAACGCAGCUUGGUAUAACCGGUACAAAUAUGACAUUCCUGUGUUUCACCUGGAUGGGCAGUUUCUGAUGAUGCACAGAGUAAAUAUUAAAAAAUUGGAGAGACACCUCGGUAAACUGGAGCAAGAAGAUGAACUAAAGUGACCCAUAAAAAUAAAAAUACUGGUUUGUAGUAUUUCUGCAUUUUGUGUAAAAUAAAAUGUCAUUAUGGUA